CAUACUCAAGAUAUAUAGAUGAUGUUACACUUUAUCCUUAUUAUCUCUCUCUUGAUCUUCCCUUCCCUAUCACUCACACUCUCCUCUCACUCUUUCCCAUCCAACAAAAUGGCCCAAAAUAGUAACACUGAGGCCCAAAGCCCACCAACCCCCGAGGCCCGACCAGUCGGCGGCACCGAAUUCAGCUGGUGCAAGGCCGUUCCCGCCGGCACCGGCGUGACAGUGCUAAGCCUCCUCCUCUCAAAACCGCCGCAAAUUGCUGUUGUCCAAAAUGCCCUCCACAAACUUCAAAAUUCCCACCCUAUCCUCCGCUCCAAGAUCCACCUCGAUCCCUCCAACAAUACGUUCCACUUCCUCACCCCUCCCACUCCCACCGUCCAAAUUCACCCCUUCGAUAUCACAUCAACGGCCACCAUCAUCCAAUCCCAGUCCAACGGCCACGAUCCCUUCCACGCGCUCCUCGAGCACGAGAUGAACCAGGACACGUGGCGCGACUACACGAUCCCUUCAGCCGGCGCCGACGUCCUCCACGCCGCCGUGUAUAAUAUCAGCCACGAUCGCUUCGCCGUGUUCCUCCGCCUCCACACCGCUGCGUGCGACCGCGCCGCUGCCGUGGCGCUGCUCAAGGAGCUCCUCCGCCUGGUCACCGGCGGAGCCGGCGACGAGGCGAGCCGGGAGAAGGUGAAUUCUCCGAUCGAGGAUAUGAUUCCCGAGGGGAAGAUGAACAAGCCGUUCUGGGCGCGUGGGUUGGACGUGCUCGGGUACACGCUCAACGCGUUUAGGUUCUCGAAUUUGAGUUUCAUCGAUGUUGGCUCGCCUCGCAGUUCGAGGAUAAUAAGGUUGCAACUGAAUGUGGAUGAAACCAAGAACCUAUUAGCCGGAUGCAAAUCAAGAGGUAUUAAACUUUGUGGGGCACUUGCUGCAGCUGGAAUGAUUGCUGCAUGGACCUCUAAAUGCCUUCCUAAUUAUCAAAGAGAGAAGUAUGCUGUAGUAACACUUGUUGAUUGCCGCUCGCUUCUUGAUCCAGUCCUUCCCAGUAACAAUGCUGGAUUUUACCAUUCUGCCAUCUUGAACACUCAUGACGUGUGUGGAGAAACAGAAACCUUAUGGGAGUUGGCAAAGAAAAGCUACACAGCCAUCGUAAAUGCUAUGAACUGCAACAAGCAUUUUACAGACAUGUCUGACCUGAACUACCUCAUGUGCAAGGCAAUCGAGAACCCCGGUUUGACGCCAUCAUCAUCGCUUAGAACAGCCUUGAUCUCCGUGUUUGAAGAUCCCGUCUUUGAUGACUCGGCCGAAAUGCUUGGAGAGUUUGGAUUGGAAGACUAUGUGGGAUGUGCUUCUGCUCAUGGUGUUGGCCCAUCCAUUGCCGUAUUCGACACCAUACGAAAUGGAAAGUUGGAUUGUGCUUGUAUAUAUCCAUCACCCCUUCAUUCAAGAGAGCAGAUUCAAGGACUAGUUGAUCAUAUGAAGAGAAUACUUGUGGAAGGUUGUAACAGUGAAAACCAACAAAUUGAACCAUACUCCACUUCUGAGGCUGAGCAAAUGGUUAUAUAAUUUCGUAAUCAAAUUCAUAAACUUCGUUGCCUCUUCAAUUUCUCCUUGCUCUGUUGAAUUUCCCAGGGCCAGGUAUUUUAAUAUGGAGGUAUACAUAAAUAUAUUGCAAUUUACAAUGAAGGAUUCAAAGCAUCUGCAAAAGUUGCCAUUGCAUUAAAAGAAUGCAGAGAUUCAUUUUUCUACUGUCAGAUGGCAUCAAGAAAUGCAAUGUUUAUUGGUUUAUUUCAGUCUCGAACUUCGACCAUAUUUAUGACCGAAUUAAGAAGGAUGCUACUCA